GUGUGUGUUUCGUUGGGGCAUGUUGAGGUGUGUUCCCUUUUAUUUAUUGAUAUUGAUGUUUGACUUAUGGUUAAGACCUAAAAAAAGAUAAAACAUAAGCCUACAAGCACAGUUUGGUUUUUUGGUAACUUAACCUGGUACCAGGCCUGCCAGUCUGGAUCCCUAUAAAGGGUGCUGUCAUGUCGCUGGGCAGGGUGAGAGCGCUGGAGGCACUGUGGCGGCUCCCAGCCACUCGUCUCUCGGCCAGCACUGUGUGCCCCACAGUGUGCCGGCCACUGAGUAGCGCUGGAGCCCGGUCUGGUCCGACCAGCCCUGAUCCACAGGAGCAGGCUGGCCAGGCGCAGCAGAGGCCUGCCAAGAACACCAGCAAGGCCAUGAUGGCGUACCUGGAGCGGGCCACCAAACAUGAGGAGUUCAUGCGCAAGCAGGUGCAUGAAUUUGAAAUAGGAAAGCGCCAUCUGGCCAACAUGAUGGGUGAGGAUCCAGAGCACUUCACACAGGAGGAUGUAGAUCGCGCUAUUGAGUACCUGUUUCCGACUGGUAUUUUCGACAAGAAGGCGCGGCCCAAGAUGCGGCACCCGACCGAGGUGUUUCCGCAGCAGAAGGCGGCGCAGUUCGACGCCACGGGCAGACCCUUCCAUACGCUGUUCUACACGCUCAAACCCAACUUCUACAUGACACUCUACGAGCUGGUAGAAAAGAUGAACCAGCUCGAUCGGCUUCAGGGCAAGAACGACGCUCUCGGCAAACUGCCAGAUUCCACGCAGAAACUUUCGCUUCUAGGAAGUGAGUGGCUAGACAUUGAAGAGCUCGGCAAGAUGCUUGUGGAAACCCUCAAAGAACCUCAGUACCAGGAGUUUGUACGCGCCAUGAACCGACUGGUGGAACAUCCGCUGGCCUACCACCACAAGGACUUCAUCUUCAAAUACCGCAAGAUGCUGCGCGUCUCCAACGAGACAGAUACCGUGCCGGAGCUGCUGUUUGACUCGGCCGGCCGGCCCUACAUGGAGGCCACCGGUUACCGGAAGCGGGCGGUGGCGCGCGCGGUGGUGCACGGCCGCGGCUCGGGCCGGGUCACCGUCAACGGCCUGCCGCUGGUGCACUACUUCCACCGCGACGGCGGACGCUCCGGCAACCAGGACGUGGCGCAGGUGAUGUACCCGCUCCAGGUGGCCGGUGUGCUGGACUCGGUAGACGUGGAGGCCACGGUCGAGUAUGACGGGCCCACGCAGCGCUACCACGGCAAGAGGCGGCGCGGACACAGAAAACGCACCAGUUUCGUCCCGGAGCCGUGGAAGCGGCCGCACCCGGUGCAGGCUCCCAGCUCUCAGGCCGGCGCCGUCCGACACGCUGUUUCGCUGGCGCUGCGCAGUUUCGUUGACAAGGAAAUGCAGGAGACGAUGCGGUUAGCUGGACUGCUAACGCGGGACGUCAGGGAGCGAGAGCGCUACAAGCCGGGCAAGAAGGGCUCGCGAAAGGGACGCACCUGGAAGAAGCGGUAGUGGUGGCAUCUGUUGGUGGGUGCGGGAACUAGGCGCGGUCGGUUGUGUGCAGACUGGAGAGAAUGUGUUGUAUUUGUAUGGAGUAAAUCUGCUGGAAGUGCUGGAUGAACGUCUUGACGAUGUGUAAUAUCUUGUGUUGAGUGAUAGGAGAGUUAUUGAGGGAUGUGGAAACCCCAUGGUUACUCGCCUGAAUGAUCAUACUGUUCGUCUGAAAUACACGAGAACGCGUGAAA